AAUCAGCAGAAUGGGAGUGAAUGACUUGUGGCAGAUUUUGGAGCCUGCUAAGCAACACAUCCACUUACAGAAUCUCAGUGGGAAAACCAUCGCAGUUGAUCUGAGUCUCUGGGUGUGUGAGGCACAGUCUGUCAGAAAGAUGAUGGGAACUGUGAGGAAGCCUCACCUCAGGUGCAGUGAAAGCCCCGGGAACGUAACUGUUUUUGUCUGAGCUGGAUUUCUUGGGGGAGCUGAAAGGCUACUGAACAGCUCUAACUGUGAUGGCCGCAGCUGUGUUCUUCCUGCUCUUCGAGCUCCGGUCACAUAGCUGCUGCUGCCUCGCCUAUGCGCUCGGAUGCCUUGGUUACUCGGGCAGAAUGCGGAGGGCCUUUGGCUCACGUCUUGCCUCUCCUUCACUUCGAGUCAGUCGGAAGAUUUGUGGUUUUACUUUUAAGAUAGACUUUAUCUUCACAAACUUUUCAGCAUCUAGAAACACCACCUCGGUCUCUGCCGAUCUCGCCUCAUCAGUACUGCUGAGAUGGCUCCACUCGGUUUCCUUCCUUGCUAUUAGGCUUCCUCUUCAAAGCAUUUUCCUUACCGCAGUGACAACAGCCAUGACUCUCCCUGCAUUAAAGUGGUCAAUUCCCUCUGUGUUUAAAAUAAGUCUUAAUUUGAUAGAUGUUUAUCCCAUGUAGCUUUUUGGUACUUUAUCUGAUAUAACCUUUGUGUUAUACUGUGUUUUUGCUAUCGGUAAUGUUACAGUUAAUAUGUUACUGACUUAUGUAUUUCAGGAACUUAUUUUUUCGUAUCUCAUAUUUAAUGCAAAUGGAUAUCAAACUGGUGUUUGUUAUGGAAGGGGAACCACCAAAGCUGAAAGCUGAUGUCAUGAACAAGAGGAAUCAGAUUCGGUAUGGGCUUUCUGGAAAAACAUGGUCUCAGAAAUCAGGAAGAUCACAUUUUAAGUCAGUAUUAAGAGAGUUGGCCUUACUCCCUCCUAUCCCUACCAACUUUUGAAAUAUCAAAAGCACAAAUUGGUCGUUCUCCUACACUGCCUGCGCCCUACAGAUCGCCACCUAGGGUAGAAAAAGUUGCAGCCAGCCUCAUCACAACUUUUGUGCUCCUUCUUUGCGAAGAGUUUUAAUGAAAGAUGUCUCAAGAAGUUGAAAUAGCUUUGUCUGUUAUGAAGCACAUUUCUAAUCUAAGUUAAGGAGGAAGCACCUGCAGCAACACUGUCUCCCAGAUGUCAUGUGGCCAGAGCCCCGGAAAACAGCCUGAGAAAAAGCUUCCAAUAAAACUUCACAUCUUCAAACCCCUUGUUGGCCAGCAUCAUCUCUAAAAGAGUUUAUAUUGCUCUGACCGCCACGGGAGAAAAUGUGAUUGUAGUUUUGCACAUUGAGUCUUCAUUCUCAUUUGAAACUCUUUCUUGACUCUGCACUUAAUACCCUUGAACCAAACAGCAAUAAAGGUCUGUAAUUGACAUUAGAAACCUUCACUUGAGGAAAUUCUAAAUCAGUACCGAAGUACCCAAUCACCAGUAUUAAACACCUAUUAACUCUUGGCCACACCUUAUUCCCCUAUUGUUUCAAAGCAAAUCCAGCCAUAAUAUUGUGUAAUUCUCAGUAUUUAAGUGCUUCUCUAUAACGCAUGCCUUUUAGAAAGGAAACAUAACCAUAAUCUGAUUUUUAUUAUCAUACGUAAAAGGUUAGCAGUUGUUCCUCUGUGUCACCAAGAUUUGUGUUUUUUCAACAUAUUUUUGAAAAUAUCUGCAUAGCUACUAUUACAAUAUACUAUUAUUACUGCUUCUAAUGGAAACCACAUAGUGAAGGAAUCCGCACCUGCUUUUCUUCAGUGCCUUGAAAUGCUGGAGAGCUUGGGAAUACCCUGGGUGCAAGCAGCGGGGGAGGCCGAGGCCAUGUGUGCUCACCUCGACGCUGGUGGUCAGGUGGACGGCUGCCUGACUAACGAUGGGGACGCUUUCCUCUAUGGGGCCCAGACUGUUUACCGGAAUUUCACCAUGAACCCAAAGGACCCACACGUUGACUGCUACACAGCGUCAUCCAUCAAAAACAAGCUCGGCCUGGACAGAGAUGCUCUGGUUGCUCUCGCCGUACUUCUUGGAUGUGACUACCUGCCCAAGGGAGUUCCUGGAGUUGGAAGAGAGCAAGCACUGAAACUUAUACAGAGUUUGAAAGGGGAAAGUUUGCUUCAGAGAUUUGAUCAGUGGAAUGAAAUCUCACGUCACUCUAGUCUACAGCAACAAGUAGCUAAAAAACCAGCCCAUUGCUCUGUGUGUGCUCAUCCAGGUUCACCAAAGGAUCAUGAACGUCAUGGAUGCUGGCUGUGCAGAAGUGAUAGAUACUGUGAACCACACGACUAUGAGUACCGCUGUCCUUGUGAAUGGCAUCAGAAGGAGCCGCCAAACGGAGUGGAGAGCAGUGUCAUGAGAAAGGCUUGCAGUUGUGAGGGAUUCCCAUUCCAUGAGGUUAUUCAAGAAUUCCUUUUGAACAAGGAUAAAUUAGUGGGGGUAAUCAGGUACCAAAGACCUGAUUUAUUAUUGUUUCAGAGAUUUGCUCUUGAAAAAAUGGAGUGGCCCAAUCCCUAUGCAUGUGAGAAAUUGUUGGUGCUUUUGAGCCACUAUGACAUGAUAGAAAGGAAACUUGGUAGAAGGAACUCUAAGCAGCUACAGCCAGUUCGAAUCGUUAAGCCCCGAAUUAGAAAUGGAGUUCAUUGCUUUGAAAUAGAAUGGGAAAUGCCUGAGCAUUUUGCUGUAGAACAUGGAGAACUGAUUGUAACAGUUGAAGUGGAGUCACUGUUUGAAGCAGCUUAUCCUGAGAUUGUUGCUAUUUAUCGAAAAGAAAAACUAGAAACUAAAGGGAAGAAGCCAAAAAAUAUGAAAAUUAAGCCUAACAAAGGCAGUUUCCCAAAAUCUCAUGAUGCAGUAACUCUUCAGUCCCUUGUGACUGUAAAACUCACACCUGAAAUCUUCCCUGCGCAGAACACUGGGUUAAGCUUUGAAAUGUCUGAUCCUGCUUUACCACGGGAAAAUGCUUCUGCCUCUUUAACUAGCUUGCUUCUACCUGAAGAUGCUCCCUGUCUGAAUAAGCACGAAAAGUUAAUGUCAUCUUCAAGACCUUUGCCUAAUCAGCAAAUGAAAGCUGCUCUGAGUCACUCUCUCGAAUCAGAAUCUGGUGAACCCAAUCCUUUGUCUCAUGAUUUAGCUGUGAUUACUGAUUUGUACCUGAGCUCCAUUGACUGGGAAGGGACUUCUUUCAGUAAUUAUCUGGCUAGUGAAGGGAAUGCUGGCUCUUGUGAUUUACAGUCAGAACUUGAAUCAGAGCUAUUAGUCACCCCUGGUGAUUUUGAAGAUAACCCAAAACAGUUGUCAUGUGAAUCAGGACAGUACACCACAAACAUUAAUAAAGCAUUGGGAGGGAAUCUUAAGAAGAUUAGUCCUGAAGAGCAUUUACUUUCUGGCAUUGGUGAUUUAUGUCUUCAGGAUUUGCCUUUAAAGGAACGCGUAUAUAUGAAAUCUUCGUAUCGAGAGGAUAAUGUACAAUCAAAUGUUGACCUGAAAAAUGUGUCCCUAAGCAAGGUAAAAGAAUCUGGUAUUACUAAUGGUAGGUCUGACUGUCCACCACAUCUGUCAAAGAGUCUUCCUGGAAUUCAUGUGCAAAAUGAACCCAGAAACCCUAAAGUUAUAAAAGAAGAUCAGCUGUCUCAAGGAAAUUGUAAAGUGAAUACUAUACUUUUUUGUGUCAAAAACCCAGUAGUGGAGACUUCCGGUAUGAGAACUGGGCCACAGAAUACUUCUUUAGACCGCAGUAGCAAAGCAGGUGUGCACACCACUCAGAAACUUGCCGAGAGUAGUAUUUGCUGUAGCAGACAUUCCCCCGACCAGCAGCUUGGGCCGGUGUCUGCCGAAGCAAAGUCCAUAGUGCACAACAGUAAACACAGUUCAUGGAAGCGUGACGCAGCCCAGUUCAAGAAAAGCGAUCACCAGACACAGAAGAACACUGCUGUCUGUGCAGAAGCUAAAUUGGGUGUCAGGUCUCACAGAACAACUGGAAAUGAAGAAAAGCAUUUCUUAGAUUCAGCAAAAAGUUCUCUGAGUUUUCUACAGUGUGAUGAGAAGGACGAUGACCCUGGUGCUUGUUUGAAUAGUCCUCUGCCUUUAUGCCAGAGAUUAAAACUAAGGUUCCAAAACAUAGGAAAUGAAAUUUAAAAUAUUUACGUACUGUCCUCAUUCUGUCAGCGUUAGCAGAGGGAAGGGAUCUAGUUAAUGCUUGGUAGAAAAAUUGAGAUGGUCGAAUGUGCCAUGCAAUAUCUUUGCCAUUUUAUCAAAGCUGUAAUUUUAAAAUGUUACCUAAAACUGGUUUUAAAAGAUGACCCCUCAUCACGAUAAUAUGUAUUUUUUUAAACAUUUUUAUCAUUUUUUAAAUACUCAUAUUGUUACAGUUUUUGAACUGAUGUGUUAUUUGACAGAGUAACUCUUUCAUUUUUCCCAUAAAGUGCUAAAAGCGCUCAUUUUAAAUGCGUUCUAGCUCCUUGCCCAGAGGGUUGUCUUAUCCUGCCUCCUGAAGGUCGAGUCUCUCCUUGUGAAGAUCAGCAUGCUCCCACUUCUGUUACUCCUACACCUUUGUAGGGGAAGAAGCACAAGGAGAGGACGGUCAGUGCGCACAGUGGAUCUCACAGUCAUAAUGACUAGGAAACUAAGGCAGGCGUGCUAGAGGUCCACUAGUAGAGCAAAUGGGGCACAGAUUUGGAAAACUAGAUGUAUGAGCAGAAGGAUUGGAGACAUCUAAUGAUACAGGGUGGUAAUGCUGUAGGAGUCAGUAUUUUGCCUUCUAUUUCCUUGCUUUUUCUGUUGGUUGGUUGGUUUUCCUAAGUACUGUUUUCUUUCCCUUUUGCUUUAAAAAUUAAUCUAUACAGUAUUGACCUUAGUAACUCCAGAUACUAAAUUUCACAUAGAUUUAGGCAGGCUUAGUGGCACGCACCUGUAAUCCCAGCACAAUGGCAGAAUAAUUGCGAGUUUAAGCCAAGCUUGGGAAAGUUAGUAAUACCCUAUCUCAAAAAAGCAAAAGGCUGUGGGUGUCAGGGAUGUGGAGAGCAAAGGCUCUGGGUUCAAGCCUCCCAUUUCCCCCAAAAUUUACUUAGUACUCAGAUACUCUACAGGGCAUCCAAAUUUGAGUAGAAACAGUAAAACUGUUUCUAUUCACAACUGCCAAAUCUUAUAUAUGGAAAAUCCUAAGGAAUCCAUUAGAAAUUAUUUUAAAGCUGGUUAAUCAUAACCUCUGUGAAUAUAAACAUGCCAUAAAUAUGAGAUAAGAUUAAUAAUAUCAACAAGAAUGAAAAUGGAGAAAGGGAAAUGAGAGGAAUAAAACAAAUUGUAUUAUAUCCGUGUACUCACUUUCCAGGAUGAUUUUAAACUGCCUUUUUUUUUUUUAAACUGCCUUUAAUGCAAGCAUGUACUAAAUAAAUAAAGUCAUCUUUAUUUCAGUGAAAAUCUUCGAGGUUGCAGGACACAAGAUCAGCAUACAAAAUUCAAUUUUAUUUCUAUACAGUGGACCCUUGGGAACGCAGCUCCUGCUGGCUCUUGUGACUCAGGCUGUCAGUUGAAGGCUCCAAUCCUACACAGCCUUCCAAGUCUCUCCUGUGCACAGGCAGAGCUCGAUGUCCUCACAGGGACACUAUCCAGGACUUCUCCAUCAAGCCCACACAGGAAAGGAGGCUGCAAGAUCCUCCCAGAACUCUUUUAAGAGUUAAAUCUGGGUCAGACCAUCUGGAAGCACAAACAGCGGCAUUUGGGUCAUAACUCAAAACUUUGGUCACAAGUUAAAUCCUGAUCGUAACCCAAGUUGUUCGUGUGUCAGGCUGAUUGUGACUUGAGGAUCCACUGUGUAUUCCAUAUAUGAUAACAAGUGAAAAUUGGGAAAACAACAGCACCGCAAAGAGGAAAGUUACUUCGAAAAGUUCAACAACAAUUUCAAAACUUACACUCUGAAAAGUAAAGUAUGAAAUAUUGAAAGAAAGCAAACACAUCCCACUGUCACAAGUCGUAAGACUUUAGGUGCCAGCAUUACUCAAAAUGAUCAGGUUCAGUGCAGUUCCAGCAGGAAAGCGGAUUCUGGCAUGACUACAGAAUAGCUGUACAAGUGUCACAAAAACAGAAAUUGGAGGACUCACCUUGAUUUCAAAACUCUAAAGUUAUAGUCAGACUGUUGUAUGGGAUAAAAAGACACAUAGGUCGGUGAGGUAGAGUCAAGGCUUGGGAGUGUGCCUUCAGGGUAGUCCCCAACUGAGUUUCAGCCCACAGCAGGAUAGCUCAGGGGGAAACAGCAGGCUUCCAGUCAGUGCUCGUGAAUUAUUGAAUGUUCACUGAGUUUAAUCUUUAACUUUUUUUUUGAUCUUUAACUUUUACUGCAUAAAACAGGAAAGCAAAGUGGGCAGAGACCUAAGCAUAAGAGCUAUCACUGUAAAACUCUUGGAAGAAAAUGUGGGCAUAAAUGUUUUUUAACUUUGGGUUACACAGCCAUUAUGUGUGACACCAGAAGUAUAGGCAGAAAAUUUAAACAUUGGCUUUGAUGAGUGAAAACUUGUGUUUCAAAGGGCAGCAUUAAGGAAGUCAAGAGUCAUAGAGUGGGAGAAAACAUUUGCAAGUCCUAAGUGUAAUAUAGGAUUUGUUUGUAGAAGGAUUUGUCGAAAGAGCUCAUAAUUUAGUAAUACAAGGAUAAGAUGUGAGCUAAGUAUUUGAGACUGAAGAUCGGUCAACAAGCACAUAAAGACAUUCUUAACAUUUAGCCGUCACUCAAAUGACAACUCAGGGAUACUGCUCACCACUUCACGACUAGCAGAAUGACUGCAGUUAAGAAAAAGAAUUGCGUGAAUUGAGGCUGUGGAUGAACUGAACCCCUCACAUUGGGUAGGAAUACAAAAGCUGAGCCAUUUUCAAAAAGGCUUGUGCUCCUCAGACGGUUGGUUACACAGAGUUACGGUUACACUGUCACAGCAUGACCUGUAAUUUUUUUCAAGAGAAAAAGCCAUAUGCUCACACAAAUCCAAAUGUUAUAAAGUGCAAAAAACAGUGCACUGACACCCAUGACACUUCAUCAUAGCCAAAAAGUAGAAACCACACAUUGUGCAAAAGGGAAAAUAUUAACAUUGAAUAUCAACACCAACUGUAUGCUAAGUGCUCAGCUAGCUGUUCAUGAAACUGACCUCAAUUCUGUGAGGACUAUACUGCUGUAGUCUGAGUACUGCAGGGAAAGUCCCAUUAAAUCAUUUUCCAGGGAUCUGAUGAUCAUGAUGUAUUUGCUCUGGACUAUGACAGUUUGGGACCAUUUCAGGAAAAUAUCAAUGUAGAAGUGUUCUUUUAUUUUUGUUUUUUGAGACAGUCUCACUAUGUAGUGCAGGCGGGCCUUAAACUCUUGUAGCCCAGACACCAAACUCAUGGUGGUCCUCCUGCCUCAGCCUCCCGAGUGCUAGUAUUACAUGCAUUUGUCACUGCUGUGACCUGCAAGGCUCCUGAACUUUCCAGGGUGAGGACUAUGACUGGCGGCGAGCAGAUGAAGAAAUAAAGACAGGACAUACAAAGCUGGGAUCCAGUGGAGCCCUCUUUCCCGAAGGAAGGAAGGGAACUGCUCAACCACUGUAGAGUGUUUAUUUACACCCCGUUGCCUGGAACGUCUCAGGGCUUGGGGCACUAGCUGUUCCCUGGACUGGAGCAACGUGUGCCCACCUGUUGUCCCAGGUGCUCUUUGUUCUCAAUCAGCCUUGUUUUAUCCCUGCGUCUGUGAACAUUCUAGCUUCAAAAGCUCCCGGUGUGCCACCACUCCUGACUCUUGAGAUUUUACCAAAUGAAGAUCUCAAUAAUGUGCUGGGGGUGACUAACCUGGAUUCAUUUUGCUUUUGAAACUAAUGCAGAGCCAAACUUAUGAGCUUUGAUACCAGUUUUCAGUACCUCAAGGGCUUCUUUCCUUGUCCAAGUCCACCAAUCCUUUUAAAACCCGUCCUAGUUCCUAGCUCGUCUGAGCCUGCUGUGCCAUGACAGCUUAUCGUAGAGGUUGCUGUUCAUUUGUUCAGCCUUUCUUGGACUGGCUGGCUGCUAAACUUCUGUCUCUAGCUGCUUGAAUCCCGCGUGAGUCUCUGCAGCCCACCUACCCAAGGCUCCGUGGAGCAGGCUGAAGUCCUUGGGGAUUUUUCUUCUACAUUCACAGUAAGGAUAACUUUUAUUUUGAGUAACAAGACAUGUCUAACUUCAAAUUCUUUUCUGCUACACAUUUUUCCUGUGGCUUAGGUUUUCUGAGACUUGCUCAUUCAAAUAUUCAUGUGACCUAUAGAAGUGUAUUGGUGAAUGGUAUCCUAUAGACUGUGAAUAUCUAUAGUUGCCACCAUGGUGCACAACAGGCUCUCAGUAAAUGAAAGCUGUGUCAGUUACCGUCACUUGGAAGGAGAACUUUCAGAAUUGAUUUUAAGCUGAACACAGCCCUUUGGGUAAAAAUAUAGUCAUUGGAAUCCUCUACUGUGGGGUGAUGGGAAGAUGAGAAAGAAUCGCUGGAAAAAGGCUCUUUAGUUAGCACUGUAAAAGUGAUCUUAAAGGUUGUAACAUUCACGAUGUGAUCAUACUGGCAAUGAGCAUACUCAAAUAGAAUUUGAUAACUUGAUUUCCUAUCAUGUUUUGAAGUCUUGUAUUAUUUACAAUUUUUUGUUUUGAUUAGUUUUAUUGUUUUGCUUUAUUCUCUUUAAAAUAAAAAUAAAGCCAGGAAUCUUAGCUCAAUGGCAAAAAUGCCUGCCUGGCAAGCACAAGGUCGUGAGUUUGAUCUCUGGUACCACAAAAAAAAAAAAUAAUAAUAAUAAUAAAGAAAGAAUUUGGUAACUAAUAUAUUACUAAUUGAGUUCACGUUUACUGAGUACCUACUAUAUUCAGUGCCUCUGGCUCUCUUUGUGUGUAACAACCAGCUGAAGUUCUGCUGAAUUUAAAACUUUUCCAGGCCAUCCAACUAGAAGAGGCUAGAGCUGGAACUAGAACUCAUUACUUCAUUGAUGCAGGCAGUUUCCCAUGUCUUCACGUAACUCAUUUCUUGCCACACAUAUCACCGAAAGCUUACAGAUGGGAUCCCCUGACUCCUGUUACUAUUUCCCUACCCUGCCAUAUUUUUCUUUAAGCUCAUCAGUACCUGACAUUAUGUUGGAGUGUUUGUUUUGUUUUUCUGUUUCCCAAACUAGAAUGUAAUCUUAAAGCCAGGACUUUGCUCUUUGUGGUCACAGAAUUCUGGAGGGGUACUUGGUGCCAUGACCCCUGGGUGCUUGAAUCACUUCUUCCCCUCUCCAAGGGCUGUCCUUGGCUUUCACAGUAUGGUCUGGGAGCUCAAUACAGCUCCCAGCACCUGCCUGUCUCCAGCUUGAGCAUCAGAUGUUCCCAGCCAUGAGCCUCCACUCCAGCCACCUGAGAACACUCAUUUCCCCAACAGAAACCAGUGCCUUUGCAUGUGAGCUGGCUCUGCCCGUGCUGCCUGCCCUUCUGUCUUUAGCUGGAGGAAUCCUCACUGUCCAGCACCUCCUCAGAUGGCAGGACUGUGUGUAUUCACGCACAGUAUCGGAUGGAGUGCUUACCAUGGAAGAGACAGUACUCCUGCUUCAAGCGUGUGUCUCCCUGUCUGUUGAACAGGGAUCAACUCUAUCCCUCAGGGCUUCUGCGCCAGCGUGUUUAUUACUCAUUGUAAACCUGGCCCUUGUGGAUCCCUACUAUCCCUUAAAGACUUCUAAAGUAAAUUCUGUAGGUGGA